AUGCAUACUCCUACUCUGGCUCAGCUGGUCCUUGGUGGCCUGGCUGCUACGUCUGCCGUGUACGGUUUCCAGCCCUCCAGCGGUGUGAAGGCUUUGUCUGCCCGCAAUGUCGCCUCGCUCAUCGCCCUCGCCGCUCCGGCCAUGGCCGUCCCGAUGGUGAAGGAGAUCGACACUCGCGAGCCGCACCACGCCGGAAAGAAGACUGGCAAGCACGCCCGUGACGAAGAUGCGGACGUCGAGAUCGAGACCCGUGAGCCCCACCAUGCCGGCAAGAAGACUGGCAAGCACGCGCGCCACGAAGAUGCGGAAGUUGAUGUAGCUGAUGCUGAGCUCGAGACCCGUGAGCCUCAUCACGCUGGCAAGAAGACCGGCAAGCACGCUCGCGACGAGGUCGAGGCCCGCGAGCCCCACCAUGCCGGCAAGAAGACUGGCAAGCACGCCCGUGACGAGGUCGAGACCCGCGAGCCCCACCAUGCCGGUAAGAAGACUGGCAAGCACGCCCGCGACGAGGUUGAAGCCCGCGAGCCUCACCACGCCGGUAAGAAGACCGGAAAGCACGCUCGCGACGAGGUUGAAGCCCGCGAGCCUCACCACGCCGGCAAGAAGACUGGCAAGCAUGCUCGUGACGAGGUCGAAGCCCGUGAGCCGCACCAUGCUGGCAAGAAGACCGGCAAGCAUGCUCGUGAUGAGGUUGAGGCUCGUGAGCCUCACCACGCUGGCAAGAAGACUGGCAAGCACGCCCGUGAUGAGGUCGAGACCCGUGAGCCUCACCAUGCUGGCAAGAAGACAGGCAAACAUGCUCGUGAUGAGGUUGAGGCUCGUGAACCCCAUCACGCUGGCAAGAAGACUGGCAAGCACAACUAG